AUGAAUAACUUAUCGGAUUCCAAAAAGGAACAUGCAGACCCUAAUAAUUCUUCCUCCAACUCCUCUAUACGGUCUGGAGUAAACUGGGGAUCUUUUAUUGAUACAGACGGAACCCCAACUACCGCAGUUUCCUCAAAUUAUGUCUCUGCUACAAGUUCCAUUAGUCUUCUGAAACCAACUCUUACUUCAUCUAUCCAUGAAUCUUUUCAACAGCGCCGUCUCUCGUCUAACUCAUCCAUACCCACUUCAUUCCCGCAAAACGAUUUGAAUGGAUCAUCAUCAUCUCCUCUUUUUUCAUCCAGCACCCCGCAAAUAUCUUCCAAAUCAAAUUGGCUUUUAAACCCCCCUGCUACUACAUUAUCUCCUGAAUUCCCCUCUGGAGUUCCAAGCACUGCUGGUAUCAAUUCAGAAUUUCCCCAUUCUUUCAGCUCCCUUACUCCACCUUUACUAAAAAAUACUAAUACCGUUGCUCCACCAACAAUACAAGAUCAUGCCAAAAUAUCAGAACUAGCAUCUAAAGGGCUUCCGAACAAUCACUCAUUAACACAUACUCGUAGUAGAUCAGAUCCUGACACAAUUGGAAAGCCCAGCAAGCUCAACAAAAUUAUGAAUAGUCUUUACAAAAAAGAGGUCCAUUCUUCACUUGCAGCCGGAGAAGCCAGUAUUGUUGUGCCCCAACCUACCCAUAACCCCUCUUCUGCUUAUGAAAGUCUUUCAUCUGUGGCACGGGCUGCCUCUUCUUCUCCAACAGGCAACAAACAAACCCCGGAAACAAAACCCGCGCCUCCAGAAUCUAAAAAGGAUCAACCAUCUUCAUCAUCUAUGACUGAUAAGCUAAUCGAUAAGCUGGUGGCUGCAGCCCUCCCUACGUCUUCUCUUAAUAUGGCAGAUGCUGAACGACGCGCAGUUUAUAUGAAAUCCAACCCAGCUUUUAGCAUCCCAGUAAUGGGCAGAAAUUUCAGCAAUAUGACGGCUAGAACAGGGGUUGUUUUUGAAGCUUAUUACUCAUUUCUUCGCAUUGCUACUUGGGAGUGCCCUAUGCAUACCAUUUCAAUCUUGGGGAUAUAUACCAUUGUGGUUUUGAACCCUCGCUUGAUUCCCACUUUACCAUUCAUUUUUAUUCUCGCAUACCUCAUGGUCCCAUCUUACGUUUACCGACAUCCGCCUGACCCAACAAUUAUUGAUCCUGAUCCAACUAUAGAAAGUAAGGUUUUAAGCGUUAUUUCACCCGCGGAUUAUUCUUUAUCAAAUCCAACUUAUAAUUCGCCCUCUAGUUCAUCUUCCAAUUCUGCAAGAGCAAAUUAUAUUACCCACAAUUCUACUGCAACAGAUGUCUUGAUCCACCACAACCCAAGUCCGGUUAUUGCACCAGGACCUCCUCUUGGAGAACCCAUAAUCCCCAAGCCUGUUCCCGAAAUUUCACGCGAGUUUUUCAUGAAUAUGGUGGAUACCCAAAAUGCAAUGGUUUUAUACAUUGAUGGCUUUGAUUCUGUUUUAGCGUUUUUAAAACGAUUUGCAUUUUUUGAUGGGGAUGAAACAACAUCCUGCUUGAUUUACAUUUUUUUAAUGGCAGGGGCCUUAUUUGCUUAUAUUUUCACACCAUUAAUUAUUAAAUAUACCCCAUGGAAAGUUGUUUUUCUCAUCAUUGGCUGGGGUGCUUCAAUUAGAAUGCAUCCUGGGUAUGACCAUAACAAGGUCAUUAAGCCAAUUAAGAAGAAAUUUAAAAAGACCAAAGAACAAGGCAAAAAGACAUUUAAAAAGGUGGUUAGCAAAAUCAAAAACCGACGCAGUGAUAGUGGAUCAUCAUUUUCUUUGGACAAUAUUUUUAGCGGACACAGUUCUAAGCAUGACUUGCCUUUAGAAGAUUCAGAAGAAAACUUGAACAAUAUUGAAAUUAAGCAUCCAGAAGACGUUGAUGAAUUAACAGAAGAUAUCAUAGAUUAUAGCGAUCUUGAUGAAGAUUCUGAAUCAGAAAUCGAAGAAGAACCACAGGAAAAGGUUCCUGAAGAACUCGGUAAUGAGACGUCUAAAUUGGUUCCUAAAAUCGAUGAUGGGCCCAAAAGUGUUUUUGAGCAGACACUUUUAUUUGGAAGACAUUUUGUUGUUAAAGCUCAGGAAAUUUUCUUAUCAUCUAAUUUACGGUUUUUGUUUCUCAACCCUAUUAGCAAUGAAUUUUGGACAGCUAUACAUACUACAGCUUAUGCUGAGUUCAACUCAAAAGAACCUCAUGAACAGAGAACUGUAGAGGUUUUCGAAAUUCAAUUUGCUCGAGGCCGAGCGCCCAUUAGCGAAGUUAAAACUGGAAAAAAACUUGAGGCAUCUAAGAAAAGAAUCAGAUACAGCAAUUGGGAACCGUCAUUGUAUUCCACUCAGUCAUGCCUUCCUCGUGUCAAAAUUUCCACCGUGUACACAUCUAAUUCGCAACAAGUUCAGCUUCAGCAAAUAUUGGCUACACUUAGUUCAUCUUCAUCAAACGAUUCUGAUAAGGCUGAAGAGGCUGAUGAGAAUGAAGACAAGCUUGAAGCAGAAGCAGCAGCUGCCAGUGCAGCAGCAGCAGCUGCCAGUGAUCCCUUUAUUCUUCCAGGACUUGUACAACUGAAUGAAGUUUUGGCCCCACCAUUUUGGCAAUUUAUUCCUGGGACUCAGUGGAAGCUUGAUAUGAAGGCUGUGGAAUGGGUUUCUGCUCGAGGUAUCAAGUUUGAAAAACUAGAAGCCGAUAGAACUUCGGAGGGAGAGGAAAGCGAAAUUAUAUACUCGGAGGAUGGGACAAUUGCAGUUGACGAUGAUGAAAAAUGGGUUUAUGAUCAGAUACCUAUUACUCUUGAAACCGAUGGUCUUCCUAAUAAUAAGAAUGCCAAAAAGGAUUCCAAAAAGAAACCGUCAAAGAAGUCUGACUCAAGUGCAGAUGGGAAGCCGACUGGAGGUUCUAAUGAAGAAGAAUCAAGCAAAUAUUUCUCUUGGCUGACAGAAUCUUCUUCACAGGUGGCUUCAACACCAAAGGCUAGUAAUGAGUGUAAUGUUAUAUGGUUGCGCCGUAGACGUUGGAUCCGCUCAUGUACUCGCCACACAGUUGUCCGCGAUGCUGCUAAAUAG